CCCCUUUCUCUCUCUCUCCAAAAAUCCCCAAAUCUUCUCUUUACAAACCCUCGAUCAAUUGACUCCUUCACUCCAGUUACUCGAUCAAUUUCAGCUAAUCGCAGUUAAUCUUCCAGAAAUGGUCAAAAUUGGGUCUUCACUCUCGAGUUUGGUAGAUCGAAGAUGACGAUAAUAGAAGUAGCGACGAUGAUUUGGAUUUCGCGGUGGUAAAAUAGAUGGAUGCGGUGGAGUUGCCACUUCCAGCUGCUAUUGUUACAAAGAUCAUGAGAUCGUCUGGUUGCAGUGGUGGAGGUGGGGUUACUAGGGUGGAGUUGCUAGGGAAUCAAUCGGAGCGUGAAACAUGUAGUAGCUCCUUUCAUCCGGAUACAGAUGAUAAGUGUAAUGUCAAUGGUUCAAGACCAGCCUUUUGGAACAUGAUGUCAGAUUACAGACAAGCCAGUCAAUCGGCUAGUCUUCGAAAUGAAGAAGCAUUCAUAGACCAUGAUAUGGCCUCUGUGCCAGAGGCUAAGCAAUCUCAACGGAAGUCUGGAAAAGCAGCUAGAAGUAAUGGUAGUAGUUCUAGGAGGUCACGAGCAGCACACAUGGAAGCUUCUUUGAAUGUAACAGGAGUAGUUGAUGUGAAUGAUCAAUCAAAGGAGCUAGGAUCUUAUCCUGGAAAAUGCAGCAUUGCAGAGAAGACGCAUACGGCUAAGCAGAAGACGACCAUCUCUGGGAAGCGAAGUGAUAAAAGAAAUGGUAAAGUUUCUAAGAGCAAAUGUGAUUCUUUUUCUGUAAAAGUGGGGUUGUCAAGCUUCAGUUCAGCUGCUGGUGGAAAUAACAUACUUGGAGUAUAUGGUUCAAAACACGAUAUUUGUGAUUUCGCAAAGCAUGUAGACGAGCUGUCACUGAAUGAGCUCCUCGGUGGUAGUUGCAAGUGUCCCAAGUCCAUCAAAGACAAAGAAAAGGAAACAGAAAUUCUGAAUGGAAGUAUUUUGCAAUCAGUUAGACAGGCUUGCUCGAUUCUUCAGCUCCAAAAGCCUAACCAUACCCCGAAUGUGGCAGCUAUAGAUGGUGCUUACAACCAUAAUGCUUCAUCUUGCUUACCAAACUCUGCCACUUCUGGAGCUAGCACAAAUGAGGAGAAUAAAGGAGAUGUGGCAGAUCCUGCUUCUUCUAACAAGGUGGAGAAUUCUUGCUCAGGUCUUACUGAUCACACCAUACUUAAAUUUCCUUUGUUUGCUCCAAAAGAUGUAUUGGGCCGCCUAGCUCUUCCUCCUCCCAAGGAUCUCGAUCUUAUGCUUCUUGACAAUAUGAAGCCUUCUUCAACCUCAAAAGUACACAAUGGAGGUACUUUACCUACAUUUCCGUGGUCGCACGUCUCUGGAGGGCAUUUUAAAGCUAAUCCCGAUGUGGUCAAGUCAACACCAAGUAAGAGUACCUGUCAAGGUAGAUGGGUCAGAAUGCGGAACUCUACUACUUCUUUAGGGGACACUACUACCUAUCUUGCAGAUUUCGAGUCCCUGACUUAUAAUCAGAGCCUAGUUCCGUUAGGAUGUCAACAGCCAGGACCGAUCGAAAAGGAAAAAUCUCCAUUGCCAUCUAUCAGCGAUAUAACUUUUGAUGGAGGGCUAACGCCUUCUGGGAGUCGCACAACUUCUAAAAGCCCAGCUCCGCAUUCGGGAGGGGUAUUAGCUGCUGCUCAAACAUUAUGCGACAUUGCAUCUCGAUUCCGUAAACAAGAUCAAAACGGGACUGUCCGAUGGCAAAAGAAAUCUUCCCAGAAAACAAUCAAAGCUAGCAAGUUGACUUCCGACGAAAAGCUCGAAAAAGCAUUAUUCGCGAUCCCAAGUUCAAGAUCAACGGGACCCACCAACCCCAUCGAUGACGCCAACAAGACACACAACACAACAAAGAAACUCAAACUAUCCGUUACCGAAAAGAUCAACGAUCCAAAUAAAACCCCAUACCAUUGGUCUCAAUCAAACCGAUCGUCACCAAUGAAAUCUUUCAAGAAUACCGCUUCAUCCACGGAAGCAGCAGCAAAACAACACCAUGAAAGCAGCAGUAGCAGCCCAAUGAAGAGAUCAAUUACAACCCCACCUGCAAGAUUACCUCACAAACCUCCGAAGCUCCGAAAACUUGUACCAAUGGAAUGGAAAAGCCAAAAAGGUAACGGGAACGGCAAGUACUGAAAAAAAGAUCGAUCGAUUCUUUUCGGUUAAUUAUGUUGUUAAAUUAGGUGCAUUCUGAAUUUGUAGUUUGUUGUACAUAAUUUUAGGGUUUAUGGUGUAGUAGUACAGAAAAAGAGUUCCCCUUGUUGGGUGUAGAUCAUCUCCUUAAUGCUUGUUGUAACUAUGUAUGUAACAGCAGGGAUUAAAAGUUUGUUUUUUUUUU